AUGUCCGAAAUCAAUCUUGGUGUUACGUGCGACAUGCAUGUUCAUCUUAGGGAGGGAGAAAUGUGCGAUUUGGUCACUCCAACUAUAAGAGAAGGUGGUAUAUCCGUUGCAUACAUCAUGCCUAAUCUCCAACCACCGAUCACUACUUUGGACAGAGUUAUUGCUUACAAGCAAAGGCUUCAGGAACUGGCUCCUCAGACGACGUUUUUGAUGAGUUUUUAUCUGUCGAAGGAACUUUCUGCCGAUCUUAUACAUCAAGCAGCUUCCGUUGGAGCCGUACAGGGUGUUAAAUGCUAUCCAGCCGGUGUUACGACUAACUCUGCUGCUGGUGUGGAUCCUAAUGAUUUCAGUUCUUUCUAUCCAGUUUUCCAAGCUAUGGAAGAGGAAGGGUUAGUUCUAAACUUACACGGCGAAAAGCCAUCGGUUGCAGGAGAAAGCAAAGAUAUCCAUGUGCUUAACGCCGAGGAAUCAUUUUUGCCGGCUUUGAGAAAGCUACAUAGCGACUUUCCACAAUUGAAAAUCAUUUUGGAGCACUGUACGUCGGAAGCGGCUAUAAAUCUCAUUAAUGAACUUAACAAGGAUAUUGCAAACGUUCAAGACAUUAAGGUGGCUGCCACUAUCACCGCUCAUCAUCUCUUCCUUACCGUUGACGACUGGGCUGGAAAUCCAGUCAAUUUUUGCAAACCGGUGGCCAAGCUACCUAGCGACAGAAGAGCCUUGGUGUCAGCCGCGACGUCAGGGAAACCUUACUUUUUUUUCGGGUCUGACUCCGCACCUCAUCCAAUCUCGAACAAGGCUAGGCACAUCAACGUCUGCGCAGGCGUUUACACUCAGUCGCUGGCGCUUCCAUACGUUGCUCAGAUCUUUGAGACUCAAAACGCCCUCGACAAGCUAAAGACCUUUGUUUCGGACUCCGGAUUGCAAUUCUAUGGUGUUAAAACACAGGACUUGAAAUCUACGGAAGAAGCUGUGAUUUUCAAGAAAGAUCAGAUAGUUCCAGAUUGUCUUUCCGAUGGCAAGGGGACCAACGUGGUACCAUUUUUGACUGGAGAAAAGUUGAACUGGUCUGUGAAGUGGUGUCCUCAAUCUAGUUGA